UCCCCGCUACGCGACCUCCCGCCGCAAGGGGGCGCUCCGGCGCACUGUCCCCACCCCGAGCCUUUCUAUGCGUGCAGCGAUAACCAAUCAGCGCGCAGCUUUCGGGAGGGAAGGGGAGGGCGGCCGGAAGUGCGGCCUAUUUCCGGCUAAGGCCGGCACCAUGGCGGAGGGGCGGCCGCUGCGGCUGCUGGCGCUUCACGGCUACCGGCAGAGCGAGCGGCGCUUCCGGCAGCGCACCGGGGCCUUGCGUAAGGCUCUACGGGGCCACGCUGAGCUCGUCACCCUCGACGCUCCACACCUCGUGCCCGGCUGCGACGAUGAAACAAACGACGACCCCCCUCGAGGCUGGUGGUUCUCAAGGCCCGGCUCCUUUGAGGCCUCGGAGGCGGCGGAUGAACCGGCGGGGCUGGAGGAAUCGCUGCGGGUCGUGGCGACGGCGAUGGAGGAACGAGGCCCGUUCGACGGGCUGCUGGGCUUCAGCCAGGGAGCAGCGCUGGCCGCCAUGUUGUGCUCGCUACGGGCCCGCGGGGAUCCCCGGUUCCCCGUCACCUUCGCCAUCCUGGUGGCCGCUUUCCCCAGCCGUUCCCCGGCCCACCAGCACUUCUACCGGCAGCCCAUCGCCCUGCCCUCAAUGCACGUUGUGGGUGAUACCGAUGCUGUCAUCGCUGCUCACCUCAGCACGGAGCUGGCCAGGUGUUUUGUGGAGCCCGUGAUCGUCACGCAUCCUGGGGGGCACUUUGUCCCCGUGGCUGCGCCGCAGAAGGAGGCUUACCUGCAAUUCUUGGGACGAUUCCGACCUGGGCAGGGCCAGGCUGAGCAGCCAGAGACCAGGCUGGUGUCAUAGCACUGUCUAUAGACUGUAGUGGGUUGUACGGAGACUUACCUGCAAUUCUUGGGACGAUUCCGACCUGGGCAGGGCCAGGCUGAGCAGCCAGAGACCAGGGCAGUGUCAUAGCACUGUCUAUAGACUGUAGUGUGCUGCUGGGUGCAGCAUCUUGCUGUUUCUCGCUGUUUCUGCCCUCCUGGAGAGGUUGUCACCAUCUUUUGCAACAUGAACACAGUGAGCUCUUCUGUAUCUCUUUGCAACCUUAUGAAUACAUCAAUACAAUGAAUACAGUUAUGAAUAACAGCGGCUUGCAGACAGGAGAGUGAUGCAGCUGUACCCGAUGGCUUAACGCAGCCCUUCAAAAGUAUCAUCUCAGCCAGAGGGAGUAGGUGCAGAGCGCACAGUGCUUGCAGCUCUUAUAUCCAAAAGGUUUGUGUCUUCGCUAUCCUGUACCAAAUAAAUGAAGCCAACCUUCCA